AUGGUAUCCACGUGGGCGACUGAAGAGAUCGCAUUGAGUUGUGGGGGAGUGUUCAUCGACGUAUCUACCCAAGACAAAGACACCGUUGCGGAACAACAGAGGGAGCAUGCGGUGUUGGGAAUCGGCAAGGGCACCCUAUCACAACGCCUGAUGGAAACUAGUGGGGUGGGCCAUAUCUCUACCGGCGAAAUGCUGCGCGACGAAGUUGAGGCCAAAACACCGCUGGGCUUAGAGGUAGCUUCUAUCAUGGAUCAGGGGCAGUUGGUGGAACCGCACAUUGUGAUGCGUAUGCUGAGAGAGUAUCUACAGACGCAGCCAGGUAGGUAUCUCGACCGAGUAUAG